AAAUAAAAUGAAGGCCACAAUAUCUUCAUACCUUCCAGCAAAGAUUGCAUCCAAAACAAGGGUUAAGUUUGGCCCAGGUUGCAAGAAACUGCUAGUUUUUGGAAUGCUCUUCUUGUGUAUCAUGGCUUCUGAAGCUGUACAUGAGAAUGCAUAUGAUACAAGUGACCAGAGAAGAAACCUUGUAGGCGGAACAGAUGCUUCUCAGACUUUAGUCAGCUUCAAUUCCUCUGUGGAAGCUUUUCAAGAUAAUGUCAUCACUGUCACGGCAAGAGAUAGUUCAGGGAAUAAUAGGAAUGUUGGAGGAGAUAUUUUCUGGGCUCAUGUUACCAACGAAUGAGCUAAAGGAGCUUCUUUCGAAUGUAUAGACGUUGUAGGUCAAAAAGCAGUUCUUUCCACAGAAUUCAGCGGAAGAAUGUAUGACAACCUUGAUGGCACAUAUACAUUUUACUACCGCACAGUUUGGGAAGGAAAUAUCACAGUCUAUGUGUUCAUGUACACACAGUUUGGAGCUCUGUCUGAAUUCUUUGACUCAACAACUGCAUCUGGAACGCCAGCUUCGACCACUGUGCAGACUCAAGUCAACCAGAACUUUGGAACCGGACUUGUCACAGCAUCUCGGUCUGAUAGUGUGUCUUCAAACUAUUUCUUCAAAGUCAGGUCUGCUUACUCUGGAGCAGUGACGUUUACCAUGAAUGUAGAUGACCAACAAGAAGUGUUCUUUAAUGGAGUGUCUAAAGGCACAAGUACUUCAGGCUCUCCACUCAGCUUCACCGAAACCCUCAUUAAAGAUCAGUUUUACGACUUCAAGCUUGUAUGGACCGAGACCACGGGCUCAGCUAGCAUUUACUGCUACUGGUCUUACACAGGACAAGCCAACAUUGUGGUUCCAACUGAGUAUCUGUACUACCCAACAUAUGCAGGCUCUGGUCCCUCCAACGUGCUCUCGUACUGUGGAGCUGGAUACUCCGGAGUUGACCCUUCAAGUCCAACGGAGUGUACUCCUGCUUGCGGAGACGGCCUUGUUGUCGGCAUUGAAAACUGUGACGAUGGGAACGAACUUGAUUUUGAUGGAUGCUCAAGCUCAUGCCGAUUUGAAGAUGGCUAUACAUGUUCUGCUGAAUCUGGCUAUACUGAGUGAUCUAAAUGCCCAUUUGCCUUCACUAAUGAGCACGAUUACUCAAGGUGUGUCAAGAAGAAGGAGUCAGACAGGUUUGAUGGGUUCUUUUAUGCACUUUUAGUAUGAAUUAUAUUAGGAGUAUUAUUUUCACUGGCAGCUGGGUUUAUCACUAAUAAGUAUUACUGGAUGACCAAUGCAAUGAUAGAACAGAUUCAGUUGUUAAUCCUGACAGCAUUGAUUGGGAAUUUGUAUUCUCUGGAUAUGAUAUGGCUUCUGAGAGAUAUGUCAUUUCUUUUGUUUAAUUUCAACUUCUUCAGGCUUGAUCAGUUAGGUUCAGAUUCUCUGAAAAAAGAUUUCCCUAUAAAUGUGCCUGGGCUAGAGUUUUUUGACUUCCAUUACUCCUCAACUAUCCUCAACAUCGCCAAUAACCUACUAUUUUUCGGGCUGAUGUUUCUUGUGAACUUAGUUCUGUUCCAUCUUUACAUCAGAGGAGUUAGAAAAGCCAGAGAAUUUAGCAAGUUUAGAAGAAUGUGUCACAUGCUAAGAUCCUUGCUAGGGCCUUCAAUCUGGUUCAGACUGAUCUCUCUAUCGAUGGUAUUGUACCUGAUCACUUCUCUUUCAGAAUUAGGCGAGGGCAAACAGCCAGGCAGAGAAUGGACUUAUGAUAUUGCCCAGGCUGUCUGUAUCUUGUGUGCAGUUUAUACAGUGGCAUUCUUAGGCUUUUACCUAAAAAUAGUUAUCUCAGGCUCUUCCAGGCUUCCAGGUGCUCUAAAUGAAAUGUACAGAGGAAUUGGAACGAACCCAGUCAAGGCAAUUUAUCCUUUCAUGUUCUUAGUCAAGAAGUUUGUGCUUUGUAGCACAGCUAUGGCUCAUGAUCAAAAGCACGGAGCAGGAAGAGUUGGAGUGUUCUUGGCAACUGAAGUCGUAUUUCUGAUAUAUCUAGCGUUUGCAAGGCCUUUCAAAACGAUUCCAGAUAAUAUUGUGUUUUGUCUCAACUCUUUGUUCAUGGCAGUGCUUACAACAAUUUUGAUAUUCCAAGAUUCCUCAGAUGACUGGCCUGACACUGUUUCAGGACUCUUCCUGACUAUUCUAUUUUUAAAUGGUGGAUUGCUGGCUUUGAUUCCAUUACUCACAGUUCUGCAGAGUUGCUGUAAAGCCCAGUACACGACGCUAUUCAAGACAAGCAGAGUGUGAAAAUUUAAUAGAAAUGAUAUCCUAAGAAAUGCAACUCAGGACAUGAGCGGAGCCAACUUCAAGAAAAAUGAACAGAGCGAAAGAGUUAAUGCAGAUUACCCUACUCAACUUAUGGGAAACAGGCCUCAUUUGGCGCGCGCAGAAAAGUCAUCCCAAGAUCUUGACAAGACAGUAGAAAAACUGCACACAAAUCUGUUCAGUCGCCCAUCUACGAAGAUGGUUACUGAGAAAGAGGAGCUCAAGGGAGACUCCGUUGUAGAAGGGAGGCAGAAGAUUUCUCCUGACGACUUAGAUGAGCUCAAGAAAGGAUUUAAACUCCACACAGGCAACCACAUGGUGGAGCCGUUCUCUGUUUAUAAGCAAAGAAAGAGGGUUAAAGAUGCCUCGUCAAAAGAUAAGGAAGAAUAUAGAGCCGAAAUAGAGCAGAGUGAGGAGGCUGACGAAAAGUCGUUUGAUAUGAAAGAAAUAUAA